AUGGCUGAAAACGCGCAAGUCCCGUCAACUCGCCACGGGCCCGUCUUCCAAAACGCGUGUAACUUUUGCUCUGGUAGUGGCCACGAAGCUGGCCUCUGCUGCACCCAACUCUCGAUGCCGAGCGUCGAUUCCGGCCUUGAAGUCGCAUCCUCACAAAUCGUCUCUCCCUACGGAUCGCCAAACAAUCGCAACAAUCAAAAGCCCUCUCCCUGCGCUUCUCCAGUCUCCGUCUCAACUAUGGGCGGUGUUCACUCUCAUUCUUCUCCAUUGCCGCGAAUUCGCGUCUCCUCGCCGGGAAUAGCAGCGUCUUCCGGUUCUCCGAUCGUCACUUCUACUCCUGCUCAGCCGCGGAGAACGAUGCAAUCUUCAACCAUGCCUACUUUCAGCUCCACAGGCGGCAUGGAGUCCAAAACGAACCUGAUCGUCAACUACCUUCCACAGAACUACACACAAGAUAAUCUACGCGAACUCUUCAGCUCAAUUGGCGACAUCGAAACAUGCAAGCUCUGCCGCAAUCGGGACACGAAGCUCUCCCUCGGCUACGGUUUCGUCAAUUUCCGACGAGCAGGGGAUGCGAAAAGAGCUGUCAGCCAGUUCAACGGCCUCAGUCUUCAGAAUAAAACGAUCAAGGUCUCCUUUGCGCGUCCGUCAUCCAACAUAAUCAAGAACACGAACUUGUACGUCGCUGGAAUACCGCGCUCCGCGACGCUGCAGGAAGUAAAGAACCUCUUUUCUCGAAUUGGAAAGAUCAUUUCGGCGCGAAUCUUGCACUGCAAAGACACAGGACUCUCCAAAGGAGUCGCCUUCGUCCGCUUCGACACGCGUUUGGAAGCAGAGCGCGCGGUCAAACUCAUGCACCAGUAUAAUUACGAAGGCGAGACACUUACCGUCAAGUUCGCCUCUCCAAUGGAAAAGGCCGAAAAAGGGAUCCAAUCGAACCUGAACGAGAACGGAAAUGCCUCGAUGAAAGGCAAUUCUAAUCAGCAGCCAGUUGAUCUAAACUUCCAGCAGUUCCAAGAGAACUUCCAGGCUCGUGUUUUUCAAAGUCUCCGUCUUCUCCGGAAUGGCUUUCAUUCACUGAAUGAAAGGUUAAGUCCACCAAAGAAAAGCUCACCGCAGAAGAUGAUUCUCGGCUACUCGCCGCACUACCCGCCCCACACGCCGCCCCGACGUGAUCCUCUUUCUGGACGCACUUCUUCGACUUCAGAAGACAGUCGUAGUCCAGAAGCAUCGACCUCGUCUCCUCCAGCUGCGUACUCCUCCCGUCGACGUAGCUCCGUGCCUGUCUUCAUUUCUGUUUCAAACUUGCCACCAGAUGUGACAGAAUCAAAAGUCUGGGAGCUCUUUGGCCCCUUUGGAGCUGUCAAUUCAAUCAGCAUCACUCGACGGGAGAGUGAAUCAAGCAAUCCAGUCAAGAAAAUCGUUACUGGCACUGUACAAAUGCCCGUUUACCAGGAUGCCCUUGGUGCUAUCUGCGCUCUCCAAGGAACCGAGCUCUCGAAAGGCUACAAGCUCCGCCUCGAGUUCCAGCUCCCCGCGAUGGGAUGCAGCAAAGCCAACUGA